CGAAAUCUCCAAUGAUAAAAAUUCUCAAAUAUAUGUACAUAAAAGUUUGUCGAACGGAAAAAAAGGCAAGAACACAAUCAAAUUGGUGCAGAGAGAGAUGAGAACUGUAUCGACCUACUACCAUACAUACACCGUUGUGCUCAUGUUCAUCUUCUUGGUCUUAAUAUUGUUUCAUGCUUUCCCUGUCUCUGCCAACACUUUUUCGGCUACAGAAUCUCUCACUAUCUCAAGCAACAAAACCAUUCUAUCUCGUAGUGAAAUCUUCGAGCUUGGUUUCUUCAAUCCUCCAUCAAGUUCUCGUUGGUAUCUCGGGAUUUGGUACAAGAAAGUCUCUACAAGAACCUACGUAUGGGUUGCGAACAGAGACAAUCCUCUCCUUAGUUCCAAUGGUACUCUCAACAUCUCCGACAGUAAUCUUGUCAUAUUCGACCAAUCCGAUACACCUGUAUGGUCGACCAAUUUGACUGAGGGAGAAGUACGAUCGCCCGUGGUUGCAGAGCUUCUCGACAACGGUAAUUUUGUUCUAAGACACUUGAAUAAUAAUAACGAUCCAGAUGGGUACUUGUGGCAGAGUUUCGAUUUUCCGACAGACACUUUACUGCCGGAGAUGAGAUUGGGUUGGGAUCAUAAAACCGGACGCGAUAGGUUUUUGAGAUCCUGGAAAACUCCAGAUGAUCCAUCAAGCGGCGAUUUCUUUACUAAACUGAAAACCAAAGGAUUCCCUGAGUUUUACGUAUGCAGCAAAGACUCCAUAAUAUACCGGAGCGGUCCAUGGAACGGAAUCCGGUUUAGCAGCUCACCUGAGACGAAACCACUUGACUACAUAGUUUACAAUUUCACAGCGACUAAUGAAGAAGUGAGCUACUCAUACCUGAUUACCAAAACCAAUAUUUACGAGAGAGUAAGACUAAGCUCCGCGGGGUUACUUGAACGACUAACUUGGAUUGAGACAGCGCAGAGUUGGAAACAGUUAUGGUACUCACCAAAAGAUCUAUGCGACAACUACAAAGAGUGUGGGAGUUACGGUUACUGCGAUUCAAACACUUCACCGAUUUGUAAUUGUAUCAAAGGGUUUGGCCCUGGAAAUCAGCAACCUUGGACUCUGAGAGAUGAUUCCGCUGGUUGUGUUAGAAAGACAAGGCUGAGCUGUGACGGUAGAGAUGGGUUUGUGCGGUUAAAGAAGAUGAAAUUGCCGGAUACCACGGCGACAACUGUGGACAGAGGAAUUGGGUUGAAAGAAUGUGAAGAGAGGUGUCUAAAAGACUGUAACUGUACGGCGUUCGCUAAUACGGAUAUCCGUAAUGGCGGGUCAGGUUGUGUGAUUUGGACAGGAGAGAUUUUUGAUAUCAAAAACUUUGCUAAGGGAGGUCAGGAUCUCUUUGUCAGACUAGCAGCUGCUGAUCUAGAGGACAAGAGAACCAAAAAGAGAAAUAUAAUACUAGGUUUGAGUAUUGGGGUGAGCAUUUUGCUUCUUCUAAGCUUUAUCAUUUUCCGCUUUUGGAAAAGGAAGCAGAAGCAAUCAGUAGCAAUUCCAAAGCCUAUUGUAACAAGCCAAGAUUCGUUAAUGAAUGAGGUGGUAAUAUCAAGCAAGAGACACUUAUCAGGCGAUAUGAAAACAGAGGAUCUAGAACUUCCAUUGAUGGAUUUUGAAGCUAUUGCCACCGCAACACACAAUUUUUCUAGCACCAACAAGCUUGGACAAGGUGGUUUCGGUAUUGUUUACAAGGGAAGGUUACUUGACGGGAAAGAAAUUGCGGUAAAGAGAUUAUCAAAAAUGUCUUUGCAAGGGACAGAUGAGUUCAAGAACGAGGUUAGACUAAUUGCAAGGCUGCAGCACAUAAACCUUGUCCGGCUUCUUGGUUGUUGCGUCGAUAAGGGGGAGAAGAUGUUGAUCUACGAAUACCUGGAGAAUCUAAGCCUUGAUUCUCAUCUCUUUGACAAAAGCCGACGCUCCAACUUAAAUUGGCAACUGAGAUUUGAUAUUGCAAAUGGUAUUGCAAGAGGACUAUUAUAUCUUCACCAAGAUUCACGGUUUAGGAUCAUCCAUAGAGACUUGAAAGUAAGUAACAUCUUGCUUGAUAAAAAUAUGAUUCCAAAGAUCUCGGACUUUGGGAUGGCCAGGAUCUUUAGACGGGAUGAGACAGAAGCUAAUACCCGGAAGGUGGUUGGAACUUAUGGCUACAUGUCUCCAGAAUAUGCAAUGAAUGGGAUAUUCUCGGUGAAGUCAGAUGUCUUUAGCUUCGGGGUCUUGCUUCUUGAGAUUAUAAGUGGCAAGAGGAGUACAGGGUUUUACAACUCAAGUGGUGACCUUAGUCUCCUCGGUUGUGUGUGGAGGAAUUGGAAGGAAAGAAAAGGGCUAGACAUCAUAGAUCCAAUCAUAAUAGAUUCGUUAUCAUCAACGUUCAAGACACAUGAAAUCUUAAGAUGUAUACAUAUCGGUCUCUUGUGUGUUCAAGAACGUGCUGAAGACAGACCAGCCAUGUCGUCUGUAAUGGUGAUGCUGGGAAGCGAAACUACGACUCUUCCUGAGCCUAAACAGCCAGCAUUUUGCGUUGGCAGAGGUCCUCUUGAGGCUGAAUUAAGUAAACUGGGUGACGAUGAGUGGACAGUGAACCAAAUCACUCUCUCGGUUAUUGAUGCUCGGUAAAUUUGAAAGUUACUAAGCAGAUAUGUUUACAAAAUCCACGCCUUACGCUAAGUGAAAUUACGUGAACAAUAUACAAUGGAUAUUGUAUUGAAAAACAAACACUACUAGAUGAUAAUGAGUAAGUUUUUAUAAUAAUGUUUGUUUAUUAAA